AUGUCCAGCGCCUGCCCUGCCAGCCGACUACCAGACGAGCUUCUCUCGCUGGUGCUGGAUGCCAUAGCACGAGACGUGCGCGUGUCCCAGGACCGAGCCAUUCUCGCCAUCAGAAUCUCGCACGUCUGCCGUUUCUGGCGCACGGUUGCAUUCGGACCUGGAGGGCGCAUGUUGUGGACGCAUAUCCCCAUUUGGUCCGGCGUCGAUUGCGCGCGGGCAUUUAUAGAGCGCUCCGAUCCACUACCAUUCACGCUCAAUAUCGACCUUGGGGACACGGCAUGGCCUCCCAAAGUUCCUGCCCUUGCCGAGGCGGCUCAGUCGAUGCAUCGCGCAGGCACAAUAGACUUAGCCGAGUUGUACGACCGCGACGAACCACCGAGUCCAGAGGAGGCCGAGCGCGAUGAACAGGUUUACGCCAUAUUGAGGUUACAUCCGGCCCCGCUACUCACGCGGUUCAAUGUGGUCUUCGCACACAUCCUUCCGCCCAUGGACGAGACCCCGCUUCUGGCUCCCGACAUGUUUGGCGGCGACGUUCCGCAAGCGCUACGCAUCCUCGUCAUCUCAAACCGCCAGAUAAUGCCCGACAGUACAUUCCUUCGAGGAUCUUUGACAGCGCUCGUUCUCAGGUCGUGUCGCAUAUGGGACGGCAUUGACGAAGUGUUGCUCACACUUUCGCACCUUCCGGGGCUAGAGGUGCUCGUACUAGAGUCCGAGACAAGCACAUUCUGUCCUGACGCGACAGAGUCCUUCGCACUACUCGAUAACAAACGCUACAUCGCCCUACCACGAUUGAAAGUCUUGAAGAUAGAAGACGACGACUUCGCUGCGCCAUUCCUCCUCCUAGCAUACCUGCGUGCGCCGUCCACGGCCAGAAUCCACCUCACCCCCGGUUCAUCCGACUUCGACUGGUUGAUCCCAGCAGACGAGGGCCCAGAGCUCGAGACCAGAGUUGCACAUGAUAUCACACUGUUGCGUCUAGGUCUUACGACACACUUCCAAGCCGGUAGCACGGAACUGGUAGCGCCGUUCAGGACGAUCGCCAUCGCGGAGGAGAAGAACAACUGGAAGUUCACCAUCCACGCCGUUCGUGAUAGCGGGGUGAUUGGGAACUCAAUUCCUGACGAAUUCACCCUUACCUACUACGCCGGUGCGCAGACCGCUGCUGGACGUCGCCGUUUUGCCGCCGUGGCGAACGCAAUCCUGUCUCUCCCUGCCAUGUCACAAGCCGACUUCCUCAUCGUUUCGCUCAACUGCCUAUAUGGCUCGGGCCGCUCGUCCGAUUGGUUGGCUCUACGGGACUUCCUGCCCCAACUGCGUACCAUAGAGGUUUCUCGUGGCGCAAUCCAUGGAGUCCUCUCGGCCCUACACGACUCGGAAUUCUUCCCCGGGUUGGAACGUCUAACGUUUGCCGGGAUGCACUUAGAGGAUAACGAACAGGAUGCUGCUCGCGCUGCUCUUUAUCUCGUUGCGUUGCGCAAUAUACUCUGCCCGCGCGGCCGCCCUCCUCCUCGCCAUCUUCAAACCAUCAGCUUCGACGAUUGCUUCGGUGCGAAGAAGCUCGCGCGCACACUCAAGCGCUUGUCGCCGGACACGAUGAUCAGUCUCCAUUGCUCGCCUACGGUGGAAGAUGCCUCGGAACGUGAAGCGGCUUGGGACGAUGCUGAGGGUGAUAUUGAUGAGAUGGUGGAUUAUUUAGAGUACGACUGA